CACCAAGCUGGCAGUUGAUCUUUCCUACAACUUUACCAAAUGGCAGCAAAUUAAAGUGAGGAUGCAGCAGAGACAAUAGCAAUAGACUCUAACAAUCAGCCGAAGUCUCCACUGGAAAAGUUUAUGGUCAGACUGUGUACGCACCACCAGAAGCAAUUCAUUCGUGUGCUCAACGACAUAUACACUGAAGUACAACCGGACUCCGAAGGGCAGCAGGGAGCUGAAUCUGAAAGCAUGGAGGCCCCUACUUGUGGCUCUGGUUGCAGCCAGCGAAGCACUGAAAAUCAGGAUAAGGGUGCUGCUUGUACUGAAUCCAAGCCCCCUGCUUGCUCAGACCUAGGACAGUCGGGGUCUGAUGGCACCCUGCAUGUUACAGGACAAACCCUGAAGCAGCCUGCGGAGCUGAAGUCUACGGACARAGCAGAGAGCUGCAGUCCUGCUUUGAAAAGAGACUUCUCUGACAUCCCUGUUACUAGACUUAGUUCUGCUAGUCCAAAGGAUAGCUCCACCCAAGGAUACCUCAGCACGUUGAACUCUUCCUCUUUGAAUUUCCAUCAUGCCGCAAAGAACCUGGAAGGACAGGCUGCUGGACGCGAGCAAGAAAUCCCCGUCAGAAGGUGUGAGGACAACAAAGAGCAGGUAGCAGGUAAGACUCUCGUGGAAGGCUAUAUCUCUGUCAAAGUGGCAAAUGUGAACGGCAGCGAGGACAGCUUAGAGAGCUGUCUGGGGUCCCAGAAGAACUCUUUCAAAGCUUUACCCGAAGAGUCCUGGGAUUCUGGCUUUACAGUGAACUCUCCUCGUAGAGCUGACAAGGAGAACGCGUUGCAGUGCAGCUCGAAGGCGUCUUUGCACCAGGACUUUGACGCGAGAGAACCCGACGCGAGACCAAAGGCAGAGAACCACGUGCUGCACGCGGCGGGCAAGGGCAAGGCGGGCUGCCCGCUGCACGCGGGCGACAAGGGCCCGCUGGAGAAUCCCAAAGAGGGCUGGCUGCCCGCGGGCACCCCGGCGGCCGCCCCCCGCGGGCACCCCCGCGCCAAGGCCGCCCCGGCCCGCGCGCCCCGCAGGAGCAGGAAGGCCUCGGGGCUGCGGAUAAACGACUACGACAACCAGUGCGACGUGGUCUACAUCAGCCAGCCCAUCACCGAGUGCCACUUCGAGAGCCAGCGCGCGGUGGCGUCCCGCAAGACGGCCCGCAAGAGCACGCGGGGGUAUUAUUUCAACGGGGAGUGCUGCGAGCUCCCCACUGUCCGCACGCUGGUUAAGAGCUCCCGCGUGGAGGAGAGGGGCAGCGGCCCGGCCCUGCGGACAGAAGCGCUAGUAAGCACGAAGCCGCCGCUGGUGCUCUCGGCGGGAGGGUCUUUAGGGGGAGGAAGGGAAGGCGAGAAGAGGGUUUCCCUUCGGCUCCUGGCCAAAGGGGCGCCGUGCAGCAGAGAAAGCAGGGAGCAAGGUGACGGGGGCUCUGCCGAACGCGAGCUCCGGGACRGCUGGGUGCUGAGGCCGAGGGAAGGUGCUGUCGCCGUGCCCCUGUUCUCUCUCUCUGCUCCACCUAGUCCUCAGAAAGAGGAGGACUCGGCCAGUUCGCAGCCCCCAGGCUGCCCUCCYGCCCAAGCGGGGGAGGCGAGAGCUGGGGAUGCCGCUCCCUGGCAGGCUGGCAGCAGGCUGGAUUCCCCUGGGGACAGCAGGGCCACAGGUGGCAGCAGCCCACAGAGUGGGGACCUCAYGGGCCCUCCUGCCUCGGAAGCACGCGGCAGGGAGGAAGGAUCCCCAGGUUCUCCGGGUUCAGAAACACAAACUCUUCCAGACCUUCCAGCCAGCCUGGAGCCAACGCCUCCCUUGCAGCCCUCUGCGGCUGUGGACAGCCCACCUCUGGCCAGUGCUGGUGUGAGGGACCCUGCUGAGCUUCCAGGUGCUGGGGACGUGGAGCCCUCGGCGGUGCGCGCUGYAGAGCCCUCCCCGUGCUCCCCGCACCUGCAAAUUCCUGAUGAUCCUCCUGCCGCUGCGGAUGGGGAGAGUCCCCCGGAGCUCCCCGACGCCUUGCAGCGUGCGGACGUGAACAAGAGCAUCCACGUUGAACCCGAGGCCRAGCUCUCCAGCAAGCCGAGCGGCAGCGAUCUCGAGCAAGAGGAGGCUGUGCCAGCUAGCACAGACCUCCCUGCCGUCUCGGAAUGGGAGACGCCGCAGAAGAGUCUGCCGGGUGAGGAGGAGUCUGCUGAGGGUGAAACGCUGCCCGAGCUUGAAGGCUCGGAAACACCAGGGAAAGACUUUGUCUCUUCCAAAGAGAGUCUGGACAAGAAGCGCAAGAAAGGAAGGCGCGUGCUGGUGCCGUCGGACCGGCGUCUGCGAAGCCAGCAGUCGCAGCCGCCCGGGGAGGGCAGUGCUGAGGAGGAGGGCUCCUCCAGCGCCCUGCAGCUUCCCUGCCUUCAGGUCAAACUCUCCAAGAAUCCUGGCGCGAAGCGGUUUAAGAGAGAAGUGCCGCUGGAGGAGGUGGCAUCUGUGCACUUCCCAAAUGACUGCUUCCAUAAAACGUUGCUCGGGAACGGUGAGGGGCCGAGCACCAGCCAGGCUCCAGAGAGCCUCCUUGAGCAGCUGCCAGGUGAGGAGAACGGUGUCACUACUAGACAAACCUAUAAAAGCAUCCUAGCAAAAGAGACUGCGGCAGAGGGAGAAAGUUCCUCGAAAGAURCCCCCCUUGCUAAAGGCAGCCCAAGUCAGGCAGGUGCGACGCUGGAAAUGUGUGUCCGGGCUGAUUCUGAGAAGAGAGGCAUUCUCCUCCCCCAGGAAAGCUCCAUGGCCACAAGUGAUGCAGAGCAAGUGGACAUGAAACCAGGCAAUGACAGUGGAAAGGAGGAGGAGGAGGAGAGCGCUGACAGUGCCGUGGACAUGGAAAAGCUUGAGAGUUUUGAGCCAGUGACCAGUUUGCUUCCACGUCCCAGCAGCAGAGGUGGAAGCAGGCAUGUUCCAGCAAAGGCUGUGAAGCAUAAAAAGGUGGCCCUGCAGUUUUAUAACUUGAGACACCCACCUGCACCUGUAGACACUGCAAAGAAGAACACACCAGGCAAGGAGUCUAUGCAAGCGAUCCCCAAACUGAGGGACGAAUGCAGUUCAGGGAAUGACGACUCCGCAGCGCUGGAGGACGUUGACACAGCUGACAGCAAGCCAAAGUUCAUGGAGUGGUGUGCUGAAGAGGACAACCAGGAGCUCAUUGCCGAGUUCAAUGCCCAGUACAUGAAAGUUCAGAAGGGCUGGAUCCAGCUGGAAAAGGAAGUGCAACCGACGCCCAAGGUGAAGAACAAAGCCGACAAACUGAAAGAGAUUUGGAAAAGCAAGAAAAGGACACGGAAAAGUAGAGGGUCACUGGAAGUUCAGAAGCUUUCUCCUGUCCAGAUGUUGUUUAUGAAAGCCUUUAAGCUGUCUGACAUCUGCCAGUGGUUCCUCGAGACAACUGAAACCAGAUCUCUAGUAAUUGUGAAGAAACUCAACACCCGUCUCCCAGGGGAGAUACCCCCCAUUAAAGUCCCCCUGCAGAAGUAUUCCUCUUCCAGUCUCUAUCCCAGCUCGCUGCAAGCCGAACGUUUGAAAAAACACCUCAAGAAAUUCGCUGCAACUACCCCAGCUCGGAAUAACCCGAAGAACCAAAAGUUGUGGGCCAAAAUUCGGGAGAAUGCUGAAAAAGCCGAGGCUGAAGAAGCCCCUGGUGCCAACCAGACGUCCCCUCCUGAGGCCAGCUCCGAGGAAGCGAGCGAAGACAAAAGCGUUCAGUCCGCUCCGAGCUUGCCYGCGCAGGCAAGCAGCAGGAUCCUGCGGAAAUACUCCAACCUGCGGGGGAAGCUCCGAGCCCAGCAGCGCGCGAUGAAGGCGGAGAAGAGGAGCGACGUCCCGGGGGAUCACUCUGCCCUGGAGAGCAAGCAAAGCCGGAAAAGCGUGUGCAUCAACCCGCUGAUGUCUCCGAAGCUGGCCCUGCAGAUCAAAGCGGACGCGUUUCCUGCAAAAUCGCCCUCUGUGGAAGGGCUGGGAAAGGGGCGGAAGGGAAAGGGCAGGUCCCAGGAGGACCCCUCGCCCAAACGCGACCCGCAGCUCCCCAAGAAGAAGAGGGCGCUGAAGGAGAGCGGCAGCCCGCAGGAGCGGCCCGGCUCCUCYGGCAGGGACCGGCUGCCGGCCAAGAAGGCCGGUAAAAUAAAGCACUCGGAGGUGAGCGGCAAGGCCCCGGCCACCAGGAAGCAGGCCACCGUGGAGCGGAGCAGCAAGCUCGCCAGGAAGAUGUCUUUGAAGGAGAAGAGAGCCCCGAGAAGGCAGCUGGAGAAAGCGCGGCUCCCGCUGCGGAAGGGCAAGGAGAACACGAGCCGCCGGGCCGCGCUGCCGCCCGGCCACGAGGAGCUGGCCAAGGCCCCCAAGCAGAAGCCCCUGGGCGAGUCCUCCACGCGCUCCCAGAAGCUGGCCAACAAGAAGCCGAGCAGCGGGAAAACCCUGACCAGGUCCAUGAAGAAGAUGCAGGAGAGCGGCGGGGCGCAGGGCAAGAGGAAGCUGAGGGCCAAGGUUGACUGUUCGCACAGCAAGCGCUCGCGGCUGGAUACGAAAUAGCGAGGAACUGGUAGCCAUGUACAAAACUGAUGU